GUCCAUAGGGGACGAGAUGAGCAGCUUGAAUGCAGGACAGUCGAAGCCUGCUAAAUUUAGUGCUUUCGUCCAUGUGGCGGACGAGCUAAGAUCUGGAUCUGGGCGUGACACCCGAUUGACGAACGCGUUACCGUCACAUGCGCCUUUCAUCCGGAUUCAGAGCUUCGACGGUGGCUGAAACGUCACUCACUCUACCCUCCCAUUCGAGGUCCCAAUACCAUGCCCGACUCCGACUCCCAACCUUCCUCAGCACCCCCAGCACCCUCCUCCUCUCCAAAGAAGGUUAUCUUCGAGACGGACACGACGGGGGACUACUGGACCGACUUCAGGGAAGCCGUGAAGAGAAUCUCUUUCUUCGAUGACCUCCAGAAGGUCGGGGAGAUUCCGUGUGCGCGGAGCAGCCUUCUGAGCGGGAUCGCGAGCGGUGCGGGCGUCGGCGUCAUCCGCGGGCUCAGUGCGAGUGCGUUCGUCGCGUCGAACUGGGCGGUGGGGACGUUCGUCGCGGUCACACUCGGGUCAUGGACGAUAUGCAGGCGGUCGCGAGACGAGGAGAAGAGGCGGGUCCAGCAGGUCGUCGAGCAGCUCCCGCGGCGGUUCGCCAAGCAGCAAGACGAUGCUCCCUCAAAUGCGCAGAGCAAGUCGUGACUUCCGCCGUCGCCACUGUGCUACGCAGUUCGGACUGUGUAGGCUCACGGGUUCGCGGAGCCUGUCCGUAAGACGUACUUCGCCCCCGGAACCAGAGCCGGAGCUAGUGGUACUUACUCAGAAGACGCCAGCAUGGAAGACCGGCGGUUCGGUUGUCACAUUUGUAUUGUGCUCGGCCCGAUAGGCUAAGCCUCUGACGACGGCGGGCUGCCGUGCACAGUCGACGUCGCAAGCCCGUGUAUUGAUGCGACCCGUUUCUCUAAUGAUACAACAUAUU